AAAUUGUAGUUUUACAGUAAAUUGAGUACGACUUUGUUAAUAUUGAAAUAUUUUUAUAAACAAUUUAUAGCUAAAUUUUGGGUAUACAAGCAUGUUAUAUAUAGAUUAAGAUUUUUUAGAUUAUGUUUUCUUAAUUUAAUAUUUCAUAUGGUUUACAUAUGUCACUUUCAUUACUAAUAUUCUGUGUUCUGAAAAUAAAAGUCAACUUGGCUUGUUCCCCAUCAGUUAUAUAGUUCCUACUGGGUCAGUUCACUUAAAGUGGCAAUAACACAAAUACAUAUGAACAAUUGCAUAUCUUGAUAUAUGUUUGUAAAGAUCGUAAAGAGGGCACACUUUGGGUCAAGCGAAGAGGCCUCAGAAAAUCUUUUGCACACGGCACCAAGAAUUUUCAUAGCUCUUAACCAAUGCGCGCAACACCAACAAAAUAUAUAGGUAUGUACAUACAUAUAUAUUUAAUAUGUGACUGUUAGACAAUAAUCUUUACUUUAGACUAUAUAAUAGAAACAUUAGUUAACCACAACAACAGUCUUCAUCUGAGGUUAUAACGUCUGCUUUCAAAGUGUUAAACCUACAAUAACAAUAAAAACAUUCUCAAAUUUCUAAUUUCAAACAAAUAAGAAAGAAGCAAACAUGCCUUGCCCAUGUGGAACCGGUUGUCAAUGUGGCACUCAGCCUAAGAGCGGUAAUUGUGGCUGCGGCGCGGCGUGCAAGUGCUGUCCAUGCGGAAGCGGUUGCAAGUGUGGUUCGCAAACUCAGAGCGGCAGUUGUGGUUGCGGCAGUGGCUGCAAAUGUGGACAAUAAAGAACACAGUAUUAAAUUUGAAAUAAUAUACUGUACUAAAUAUUUCACAAUAAAAAUGUAAUAUUUUACUAUUGUAAAUGUA